ACUCCAACCUGGACGUGAGAAGCGCUGAGAUACACCAAAGGGAAAAAUGCAUGACCGUGCUGCAGUGUACAGCAGAAGUUGGGCAAAGAUGAAUGCUGAGCAUGUCAACAGAGACUGGGACUAAUAAAGGAAAAUAGCAGGCAGUCUCAAGCUUAUCAUCCCUUUUAUUGGACCCAAGUCCUUGACCUGGAAAAUCCCAGAGGAAUGGGCAACACUCUCGCACUGCAUCCAUCCAUCAACAAGUUGAACAACAAGACAAUUGUCAUCAGACCAAAACUAUUACCCUAGGAAUCACUAGGAAUGACCCCUACUAAAUCCAUUGGAACACACAGUACAAUUAACAGGUACGUGAUGGGGCCAGGGAGAUUGCCCGUGGGAACACCAGCGAUAUGAUUCCUUUACCUAAUGUGACUGUCUUGACUCCGAUCAAUAAUGCUGGAGAAAAAGGGGAGUCUGAGCGAUCACAAUGCAUUCUGGGAAUCAUCCCAGUGAUUUAUUAUAGUGUCCUGCUCAGUCUGGGACUACCAGUUAAUAUUCUGAAUGCUCUGGUCCUCUCCCGUCUGGCCAUCAAGACUCAGAAAUCAUCCUAUUACUACCUUUUAGCACUCACCACUUCGGACAUCCUUACACAAAUCUUCAUUGUCUUUGUAGGUUUUAUCCUUCAGACAGCCAUUCUACAUAAAGAAAUUCCAAACAUCCUCAUUCAUCUGGUGAGCAUCCUGGAAUUUGGGACGAACCAUGCAUCUAUUUGGAUUACAGUUCCUCUGACAAUAGAUCGUUAUGUGGCUCUUUGUCACCCCCUUAAGUAUCGCACAGUUUCUUAUCCAGAACGUUCAAAGAAAAUUAUAAUUAUUGUUUUUAUCAGCUCACUGACUACAGGGAUUCCUUUCUACUGGUGGUCUGAUGUUUGGCGAGAGAACCACCCACCUACAGUACUAGACAAGACACUAAUAUGGGUACACUGUUUCAUUAUUUAUUUCAUUCCGUGCACAAUUUUUCUAGUAAUUAACUCACGUAUUAUCUAUAGUUUUAAGCAGAAGAAGAAAUCCACUGGGAGAACAUGGCAUUCAGGUAAAACAACAGCAAUCCUGCUGGCAAUUACUACUGUGUUUGCAAUCCUGUGGGCUCCAAGAACAUUUAUUAUACUUUAUCACCUGUAUGUUUCCUCUGUGUACAACGACUGGCGUGUUCACUUGGUUUAUGAUUUGGCCAACAUGCUAGCUCUACUGAAUACUGCUGUGAAUUUUUUCCUGUACUGUUUUGUUAGCAAAAGGUUUCGAGCAGUUGUCAAAGAGAUACUUCAGUCUUGCAAAGCACACUAUGUUCCAUGCAACAUAAAACCUCAGGUUCAGAACUUUCCUGAUUCGACUCUGAAGCCACUAGGACUUCUAGACUGCACUGCAUUGUGAAAAUAAAUAAAAAAAUAAAUAAAUAGGAAAGAAAAGAAAAGAAGAAAGGUGAAUGCCUCACUCCAGAUCACUUUAACAAAGAAUGUUUAAAAGGUUAUAUACUACUUCCUGCUUGGCAUGUCUCCAGUUUUGGAAUUGUUCAAAUUUAAAAAAAAAAACAAACAUGGUGUCACUGACAGACUCUGAACGUCUAUGUUUACUAUUUUUUGGGAUUGUCUAAUGUUGUAAAUGCAGAAUACUUCUAGCACUGAUAGAUACUGAAUUAUGUCAAAGCCGUCUAAUUUUAUAAUGCCGGUUCAUUCAUCAGGGUAGAAAUCUGUAUUGUUUUAUGACAACUCCUUACUAAAUUCCAUAAAUAAUGCAAGAAAGCACUGUAUAACAAUAAACUGUGCCGCUCUGUGUUUGCAGUAAGAGGUACUUCAAUGUCUGAGCUUGGUUGUAAGAACAGCUUCAUGCAUAAAUGCAUUUGUUUAAAAAUUCACCCUAUAUAGGUAUUAUUCUUAAUUCCAGAGAAAAACACAUUUAAAACAAAAUUAGUACCUUUAAAUUGUCUCUAAAAUAUAAUCCUAAAAUAAUAUUCUUUACAAACUGAAACAUAUUAUAUUAACCUUAACUCCAACUAAUUUAUAAAUAAUUAUUAUUUACUUGCAUCAUGGAUGGUUAAGUAUGUUUGACAUGGGCAAAAAAAGUUUUUGAUUCUACUUUAAGACAGUCUAAUGUUUGCAUUUCAUUUGUUGUUUUCAUACUGUGUUAUGAUUUUUUGUUUUCUUCAUGGUGUGCCUGGUUUUAUGUCUUCUUCAUGUUGCAGUAAGAAGGUUGUAGAUCUGUUAUCACAGAGGUAAGAUAUUAAAUUCUAGCCCUUCCACUGCUUGCCAUACGAGUACUUAGAUAUUACUGACAAAUAAGGUCUGCAUGCCUAAUAUGUUUCACUGAAUAUAAAAUUCAUUAAUUUGUCAUGGCUGAGAAGGGUCUGUUGUCCAGUCUACUUAUGCAGUUAUCAAACUGAAAAAAAAAACAUUUUUGCACCCCUGCUAAAAAUCCAGUAAAGCAUAAACAGCUCCUCCCCUUUAAAUAAAAAAGUGUCCAAAACUGCAAAUAUUUCUUAAGUAAAGUCUGUUUUUAAAUGUAUAUGCCUGAGACAAUAAUAUAUAAACUUGAUUAAAUUCCUUACUAUUUUUGGUGGGACCAGCACUAAAGUAAAAUGAUUCCAAGAUAGCAGGCAAUAUGUUAAAAGCUGAUAAGUGUGUAUUUCUGCUACAGUGUAAUGAAGGUAAUUGAAUCAUGAAUGUACUAGAUGCGACCAAAACAUGUUAAGCAAAUAAUAGAGGCGGACAAAGCUGUACAGGGCUGACAGCUAUGCAGAAACUAAAAUUGCAGACAUUGAGGGCCAAAUUUCAAAAGUGUUGCUCUCAGUGAAAGUCUGCACUAACUCCAAUUGACUUGCCCUCAUUUUAAGUGACUUACGUCAGUGUAAAGUCUAUGUAAAAACAAGCUUACACUGGAGAUGGAAUUCCAAAUCAGUGUAAGUAAUCAUUCACACUGAAAGUAACUCUUUUGAAAUUGGGCCCUUAGAUGAAGAGGAAGACAGAUUACUUAUCAAGUGUAGUCCAUUUUUAAGUGUCUGUAUUUCAGUCUGUAUGGAACUAGGUAAAAUGCAAAUUAAUGGGCAAGGACAUUAUAAAGUUUUUAAUGUGAACCCAGCCUGUCGUCAUCAGUGGUUCAGCUGACAAAACACAUGCAGCAGAAAUCUAAUUCAUACUUUACUAAAAAUUAAAUUACAGCAUUAUUAUUUUAACCUGCAGUCCAGAGGAACAAUAUGCAAAAAACACAGUGCACGUAAACCCCAUGUCUAAAGAUGUUAUAACCAUCAAUAAGACACUAAAAUUGCAUACUAAUUUAUUACCUUAUACUUGACACAGAAUUACAUAUAAACAUGUUGUCAACUUAAUUUGAUAACAUUAAACUUUUUAAAACAGGAAAGUGUUUUCACAACCCUUAAAAGCGCUCAAUCUAUCAAUACUUUCACAUUUCAAAAUUCCUGCAAUUUUGCAAUUUUAGAACCAGCAUUUGUAAGAAAAUUCUCUGACUUUUUAAUAAAUAUUAAUUUUAAUUGAUAGGAACUAUAUUUUGUGUUCAAUGGUGCUUAAGGUUUGUUAAAAUAAAGUGAAAGUACACAGGUAUACAUACAGAAACACAUAUACACACACUCACAAAAGCAGAAACACACACACACACACCCACAUCCACGUACACACACAUGGGUGCACAAGUGCACCUGCAUAGUUUGAAGUUCAAUGUCGGCAAUAAUCUUUGCUAUUUAUGUUAUGUAUAUCCCCAUUCUAAAACAAAUGUGCAGUCAUGUUGCACAUAGCACUGCUGUAGGGCUUUUAUAGAACAGACUCUCUGCUCUUGCAGUGGAAAAAGUUUCUUUUCACUAGACAACCCUGUUCUUUGCAUAAUUAAAAAGAGUGUACAAACAUUCUCGUAUAAAUACUAUUUGCUGCAUUUGCUGCUGAGUUAUACAUUUGUUUAUUAAUGAAAGCAGCACACACAGGACAACUGAAUAAAAAUAAUGCACAGUUGUACAGCAGCAUUUCAAAUAAUACACAGACAUCCAUUUUGAAUGCUUUUUGAUAGACUGUGUUAGUAAAAGUUGUGCUUGACACUUCAAACCACCAAGGAAAAAAUCUGUGCACUCAAAAUUUUCUGUUUGUUUUGGCUUACAUUCAAUUUCUUUUUAUAGUUUCCCUUCGCCAUAGAAUUAACAUAAUAUUUAUAAUCUGUCAAAGUAUACUUUAGCAAAACGUAAAUUUAUCAGAUCCUUGGAGUCAUCAUCACAAUAUUCAUUACUGUCCAAAAUAUCUGUCAACAUUUUGUCAGCACUUUGGACAACUGGUGCCAUUACAACAUACUUAGUGCUGCUGCAAUGGUUUUGGAAGGGAAGAUGAAAGUGGCAUUUAAUUCUGCAGUAUUCUUGAGUGCAAAGGUUUAUCUAAUAGUCAAAAUACAUGAAUUAUACUUCACACAUUAAAAUCAAUGAAUAAAAAAAUAGGUCUAUGAACAUCUUUGCUAGAAUAAAUGAUUAAUAAAAAGUAGCACUUUAACAACAGCUCUGCAGCUGCACCCACAUUUAAUAAAUCAUGUCAUUUUAUCACAGAACAAAUAAAACAGCAGAUCUCUAAUAUGCAAGAUAAGAAAUCCAUCAUUUCAUUAUGUGGCCAUAUUAAUGGGUUGAGUUACACAAGUCAUUUAA